ACAAAUAUUAUUAAAUUAACCACGAUUAAAAAACAUAAAAUCAGUUUAAGUUUUAAAAUGUAAAUCUUGACUUAUAAAGACCAACAAGCUUCCUCAAGCCCAAACUGCAGAGCCACAUUUUCGGCCCAACAGAUAUUUGGGCCCAUAAGUGAAAAAAUGGGCUUAGGCCCAUUCCUCUCCUCCUCUUCCGCGUGUGUGUAUAUAAUCUUGGUAAGGUGGUGCGGCGCCGGUGGCCGGAGAUGGGCAACGCGAGCGGCAGGCUGGACGACAUCGCCGACGCCGAAAUGGAUGACGGCGGCGGAGGCGGCAACCGCGCCGGCGCUGGGGACUACUCCUCCUCGCUGCGCCCCAUGGACCGUGCUGGCCUCCCGCCGUACGGCGGCGCCGGGGGAAGCGGCGGACUGGUGCGGCCCCCGUCGUCGGCAGCGGGGUACUCCGGCGGCGGAGGGUCGUCGUCCCCGCCGGGGACCCCCCCGCGGCCGCACUCCCCGCGCAUGUUCGUGCCGCAGAGUCCUGUAACUCCAUUGCAUAGAGCUGUAGAUGGACCUCCUCCAGUAUUUAACCAGAUAUUAACGAGUGAACAAGAGGAGGAUCACGAUGGUCCCCCUGACAAGCUGAUUCCUACUCUGCUUGUGUGGACUCUUGGAGGGAAGAAUGUCUAUAUAGAAGGAUCAUGGGAUAACUGGAAAUCAAAGCAACUCGUCCAUAAAUGUGGAAAGGAUCACUGCGUCAUGUUAGGGCUUGCAUCUGGAGUUUACCGUUAUAGAUUCAUUGUUGAUGGAGAAAGAAGAUUUCAGCCUGAUCGUCCCCGUGAAGCUGACAUUAUGGGCACCAUUUCAAAUCUUAUUGAUGUUCAUGAUUAUGUCCCGGAUAGCGUGGACAGUGUGUCAGAGCUGAUGGCUCCUCCAUCGCCGGACUCCAGCUACGGUUUCCUGGCUCCUGACGACAAGGAGUUCACCAAGGAGCCUCCCGCUCUGCCGCCGCAGCUCCACCUGGGCGUGCUCAACUCGCGAGGAGGCUCCGGCGGGAAGGAGGGAGAGUGCGCCAUGCCCAAGCACAACGUCCUCGGCCAUGUCUUCAUCGGCAAGGGCACCCCACCCAUGGUCGCUGCCCUCGGCACCACCUUCAGGUUCCAGUCCAAGUUUGUCACCAAAGUCCUCUACAAGGCCAUCCAAAGAGAGGACAGAUAGCUUUAUUAGCUGGCAAUGCUAGAACAAAUUAGUCAUGCAUUCUGUUCAUUCAUUGUUUUGGAAUAGUAAUAAUAAUGGUAAUCUUGAGGGCGUGGACCGUGAUGAUUUCAUCAGUGUUAGGAACAAAAACAGACCCAUUGAUGUGCUUUUCAGUCACCAAUUUGUUUGCUGACGCCAUAUUAAGGAUCUACCAGAAGAAUAAAGAUGGUGAUCGAUACUCUUUCAUACA